UUCCGCUGCUCGGUUGCGGCAAACGGAGAGGCGAGGAUAAAACGGCGACUUCAUAGGCCUCUGGGGCAGACUGCCUUACGAAAUGGAUAACUGCACCUUUCCGAGGUACAGUGAGAAUGACAUCAUCACGCACAUCCGCAGCUGUUUGCUCACAGCAAACGAGGCCAAAACCUUCUCCAAGGGUGACUUAUUUCCAAACGUCAAGCCUGAAGUGCUGCAGAUGAUCUUCAUGAGAGCCUUGCAAGUUGUGUAUGGAAUCCGCCUGGAACACUUUUAUAUGAUGCCAGUGUCCUUUGAAACUCCAUAUCCCCAGAUUUUUGAUGGCUUCCUGCCAAUAGCGAAUCUCUUUACUAACAUGGAACGCUUUUUCCCGCUCUGCCGUGUCAACGACUUCCAGAUUGCUGACCUUCUAAAUCCAAAAGCCAAGAGGACAGCUCGUUUUUUGAGUGGCCUCAUUAACUUCCUUUUCUUCCGGGACUCGCGUCGUGAGGUCUACCUGGAAAUCCAGAGCACGUUUAAAUCAGCUGUGGAAAAAGAGCAGCGACUUCAAACAGCAAUUCAGGAGGCAACAUUGAAGUUGGAGAAACUUGAUACUGUUCCUGCAGAUCAAGAGGCAGAGUUCAAGGAGCUCUCUCAGGAUAUUCAAGAGCUGGAGCAAAAACUGAACCAUGAAUAUCGGCAGAAGACGGCUAUUUUGCAAGAAGAGAUCUCCCAGAAGAAAACAGAAGUUGCAGAAAAAGCACAGAAGCUGAAUGAGCAAAAACUAACCCUAUGUAAUCUAAAAGAAGAACAAAAACAACUAAAGUCCAAAAUCGCAGAUGAUCCAGAGGAACUGGCUACCCGUAAAGAACAACUCCAGCAGACUGUGCAAAAACUCAAGAAAGACAAGCAAGAAGUGAUUAAGAAGUAUGAAAGUUACAGAGACCUGGUAGAAAUCUUACCACCGUGCCAGCAGGAGAUCCAGUUGUACCAGAAAAAAAUGGAAACCCAAGUAGCCAAUGUGGCUAAACUGUCAAAUAUAAUUGCAGAGAUCCGAACCCUAGAGGACCAGAUAGAGAGCAACAAAAGUGAAUUAAAGAAUGCCAAGAUGGAGGAAAUAACCUUGAGGAGACUAGUGACUGUGAAGCGGGAGAAACUCACCACUGCCGAAAUCAAACUUAAAAAGACAUGUGAGGAUAUUGAACAGCGCAAGCAAGCAAUAACUCAGUACUGCAACAAAUUUCAGGAGAAGAGAGGGGCUGUCUGUGAGAAGUUAACAGCAACUCAUGCAGAAAUCAAGCAGCUCAAAAGUGCUAUUCGGCAGCUAAAUAACAAUGCGGAGAAAGAGAAGUUGAAAGCUCAGGAGAUUUGCCUUAGCCUGAGGGUUGGCUUGGAUAAAUACCAUGAACUUCUGGCAAGUAUAGUGGAAAAGACGACAUCUGGAAGAGAAGAGAAGAUCGCCGAGUUAACUAAACUGCUUUGAGUUCAUAUUUCUGCAACUGAUUUGUAUAUAUUUUCUUCUGUCUCGUUCAUCUUUAAGGUUGUAUUUCAGCUGCGCGUGAACAAUGGUAAAAUAAGCAUUCUUUUGGCCUUGAUUGGCGUGGGAGGGGAGCAAAACUAGACCUAGCUGUACCAACUAAUAAAUCCUGCUGGAGUGCUUUGUUCAGGCCAUCUGUACUUUA